AUGCGUAUAGAAUGUAAAUUACCUAAUGUUUGUGUUUUAGAUAUUAUAGGUGAAGAAAUCUUACGUGUUGUUGGAAUAUAUGCACCUGAGAGUAAACCCUGGACAUGGGAGGAUCUGUCCCCUUUUUUAUCAAAUAAAUGCGUUGUGUUUGGAGAUUUUAAUGUUGAUAUAGAUCAAGAUGGUAAAAAAGCAGAGAUCUUCCUUGCGUGGGCAGAUACUAAUUUUCUUGCUCCAUUUACACCUGAAUUGUCUACUUCUUUGCGUUCGAAUAAAAUAAUUGAUUAUGCUUUAGCGGCUGGUUUAAGUAUCGAUAUUCAAAAUUAUAGUGCCAAAAGUGAACUUAAGAGUUUUUUUUCUUCUCUACUUUCUUCAACACUUAAUCUUCGUAAUACUUCUUCACCUGCAGCUGUUUUGUUUUGGUCAAAAUGUAAAAAAUAUCUUAAACCCUCAUCCUCUACCGUACAUGCUCUUAUUGCACCAUCAGGACAUAUUAUUAAAGAUACUAAAGAAAUGUGCGAAGUUGCUGCUGAUUUUUAUGAAAAUUUUAAAAAAAAUCUAAUAUAG